AUGGUGGCCGACUCUACAACGCAACACGACGCCCCCUCGCCCGGGGCUCCCCAACAACGCGCGAUGCUGGUGCCAAAGUACACCUACACGGGACCGGUGGACCACACGAUCCCGACGGACCGCAGCCGGGCGGCGGGCAAAUCCGUCAUCGUGACGGGCGGGGCCAACGGCAUGGGCGAGGCGUGCGUGCGCGACUUUGUGCGGGCGGGCGCCUUUGUCACCAUUGCCGACUCGGACGACGCGCGCGGCCGCGAGCUCGAGAGGGAGCUCAACGACGCCGCCGCCGCCGACGGGAGGGAGGUUUGCGUCUUUGUCAAGGUGGACAUUCGCGACUGGGAUCAGGUCAAGGCCGUGUUCGAGACGGCCAGGACGAGGAGUCCCAGCAGGAGCGUCGAUGUCGUCUUGGCAAACGCGGGCAUCAGCAGGAACUCGGGAGAUAGUUUAUGGACCCUGCAUGAUCCAAAUGACGAAGUGGCAAAACCGGACCUGAACAUCGUCAAUGUCAACCUAGUAGGGACCCUGUACACGUGGAAAUUGGCUGUGCACUACUUUCGGAAGCAGCCCGAGUCAGCAGACCGCGACCGCUGCUUUAUCAUUACAGGGAGCAUGGUUGCUUACAUUGACUCGCCGGCCAACUGGGAGUACACUGCAACCAAAUACGGACUCCUUGGAUUUAUGAAGACGGCCCGCCGCAGCAGCUGGGAACAGGGCAUCCGCAUCAAUUACGUCGCACCCUGCUACAUCCGCAGUGCGAUCCGAAGUGCCGAAUACGAAAAGUCGUUGAUGGAAAAAGGGGUCGUUUUUGGUGAACAAGAAGAUGUUGCGGCUUGUAUGAUGAGGAUCGCAUGUGACCGAUCCAUUGAUGGUCGCUCCCUCAUGAUCGUCCCGCGAUCCAUGGCCAAAGAAGGUUUUAUGGAUACUGAUAGAGAAGACUUUCGGGACACGGAGAAGGACGCCUACUUUAAGCAGACGCAAGAGGCACAGCUAGUCAUCAUUCAAGACAGGUGGAGGGAUGAUUACGUGGUGCCCAAAUAUAAAUAA